UAUGAGUAAAUUCUUUUAGGAGGAAUCCAAUUCUGAAGGGGAAGAAGAGGCUCCAAGAGGAGGACCUGAAGUAGAUGCAGGAUUAUAAUCAUAAGCAACAAGAACUAGAAUUAUUUAAGGAUUAAUAGAUUCAGAUGAUGAUGAAGGAUAAAGAGUUAUUGUAACAGAAAAAGAAAAAAGAUAUACAAAAUUAAGAGAAAUUAUUAAAGAAAUUAAGAGUAAAAUAAAAAAUUAAGAUUUUGUUACAUUAUUGGAUAAAUUUGAAGAAUUAAAUAAAGAGGUUGAAAAGGGUGCAAAAGUAUUUGAAAGAGAGGGUGGAUUACCUAGAUUUUAUAUCAGAAUUAUGUGUUAAAUAGAAGUAUUGGUUCUUUAAUUUACAGCUGAAUAAAAAAAGAAAUUAGGAGUAAAUAAUAGCAAAGCUUAUAACACAUUAAAAUAAAGAAUUAAGAAAUUUAAUUUGAGUAUUCAUUUAUUCUAAGCAUCAUUUAGCAAUUAAAGAUAAAAUUGAUGAAUUCAUAAAUAAUCCUGUUACAACUGAUUAAAGUGAAGAUGAGAGAAAGAAAAAAGUAAAAGCAGAUAAAAAAUAAAUUGGAUCAGAUUCUGAACCAGAAGUACAAUAAAAAGAAGAAUCUUCAGAGUCAGAAGAUGAUGAUAAAUAUUUGCUUUAAUCUAAUGAUCCUAUGGUUAGAAGAAGAUAUUGGUUAAAAAAGAAAUUACCAGAUAAAAAAGAUGCAAAGAUUGAAGAGGCUUAACAAGAGAAAGUUAAUAAAAAAGUUAUUGCAGAUAUUAUAGAUUAUGAUGUUAAAUUUGAUAUAGCUUAAAAUAAAGAGAUUCAUAUUGAUUAUGAUCCUGAAUCAGUCAAAAAAAAAUUAGAGUAAAUUGUAUCAUCUAGAGGAAUUCAAAAGAAUUAAGUAGAGAAUCUUUACAUUUGUGAAAAAUACAUAUAAUAUUUUAUCAAAGAGAAUCUCCAAAGAGCUGUGGAAGUAAAUCUUCAUUUUAUCCUCAUAGAUAUUGCUUAUCACAAUUUCUUUAUAGAUUGAUCAAGCUAAAUCAGAAGCACCAUUUUAUUUUAAUAGAUAAUCAUGGUUAUAAAUCUAUUAAAAUACAUUCCUCUUAUAUUCACUUCAUUAAGAUAAGGGAGUCAAAGUUGAAAAGUUACAUACUUAUAGCAAAUAUGAUUAAGAAAACUCUUUUUCUGAGUUUAGAUUUAUAAGUACUCUUUUGGUCAAUUUCUAAACACUCGAAGUUGAAUUAAAUAAAGCAUUUUAAAAUAUUGAUUAUUACACAUAAGAAUAUGCUGAAAGACUUAGUGAUCUAUAUUAAUUAACACAUUUAUCCCAAAAACUUUUAGAAUUACUCAAAAUUAAGAAUGACACUGCCAAUAUUGCAUUAAUGAGUUUCAAACAAUUAGAAGCAAUAUACUAUAUUGGACCAGCUGUGAUCUAAAAAUUAUUGGAAUUAUAAACUAAUAAAUAAGCUGCAACUCCAUUAUAAAUAUUUGGAAAUGGAGAUAUUUCAUCUAAAAUCUAAUCACUUGUUGAGAAUAUUCUCAAAUAUGGAGAUAAGGAAACUAUUAUAAAGGCAACUUUAUAUUGGGUAUAUAAUUUAGCUUUGAAUGGUAAAUAUGAAUAAGCUCAUGAAAUUUUCAUAUCAAAUAUUUCAUAUGAAUAAGUCUCAUAGAUGAAGACAUUAAUUCAAUUAUAUUAUAAUAGGGCUCUGGUUUAAUUGGGAUUUGGAGCUUUUAGAUAAGGUUUGAUAAAUGAGACUCAUCUACAUUUGGCUGAUCUAUUGAGUAGAGAUAAGGUUUUGAAGGAUUUGCUCUCAUAAAAUUAUACUAAAUAAGUUGAAGGAGAAUAUAGAUAUACAGUGCCUUAUCAUAUGUCAAUUAAUGUUGAGACUAUUGAAUUUGUUUAUUUAUUGGCUGCAAUGUUAUUAGAAGUUCCUAACAUUAAUCAAGAUUUAUUUGAAGAUUCUCAUAAAAUAAUUAGUAGAAAAUUUAGAUAGCUUUGUUAAUAUUAUGAUUCUUAAACUUUCAAUCCAUAACCUGAAAAUAUGAGAGACUUAAUUUAUGCUGCCUCCAAAGAAUUAGCCAAAGGAAAUUGGACUAAAUGUUGGGAUCUCUUAAAAUAAAUCCAACUUUGGACAAGAAUACCUUCCUAUGAAUAAGUCUAAUAAUAAAUUAAAGAAAGGGUUUAAGAAUAAGCUUUAAAAUGCUAUUUAUAUACAUUUAAGAAUGGCUUUUCUAAUAUUUCAGUUGAUUUUCUUAAGGAGAGAUUUUAAUUAUCAGAAUAAGUAACAAAAGCUAUAAUUUAUAAGGUAUUUUUUAUAAUUAAUAAUAUAGAUGAUUUAUUAUGGAGAGAUUAAAGCUAUUAUUGAUAAUUAAGAUUAAUCAUUCUUGAUUUUUGUUAAUGAUGAUAUCUCAAAUUAAACAAAGAGAUUGGCUAGUGUUCUUAUUGAAAAAUUAAACUAAUAAUGUAAAAAUAAUGAAAAAUUAAUGGUAAAUUAUAAAUUUAAAUUAUUUAGGAUUCUAAAAUUGGUAGUUUUGGUAUCGCUGUAGAUAAAGAAAGUGUAGAUUAAGUAAAUAAGCAAAAGAAAAAAAAUGUUACUAAAAACAAAAAACCUCCAAAUGCAACAACAAAAAGAAAAUGAU